GCGAGUGUGUGUGUGUGUGUGAGAGAGAGUGUGUGUGCGUGUAUGAGUGUAUGCCAGUGAGUGUGUGUGAGAGAGAGAAAGAGAGAGAGACGCACAGAGGAGAUCGGACAGCGGACUUCACAUUGCAGAGUAUCUAAGAGCAGAGAGAGAAGUAGUUGAGAAGUGAGCAUGGAGGGGAUGAGAUCAGGACGCGUGUGGCUCGUCUGCGCUUCACUCUUCUGUACACUGCACGUAUGUCUGGCUUCAGUGUCAGUGAAAGUGAGCCCUACAGUGGAUGUGAUUAUUGGAGAAACUGCCCGGCUACCAUGCACCUUCACCACCACCGGGAAUAUGCCCGUAGUCCAGUGGUUCAUUGAGGCUGCAGGCACACGGACACGUGUAGCUUUCAGGUCACCCUCUGACAAGGGCCUCGAUAAAGGCACACCGUUAGCAGAGCGUGUCACCAUGGACACGGACAUGACCCUGGUUAUCUCUCCUGUAAAGGCGAUAGAUGAGAGGAACUUCUUCUGCCAGGUGGUCGAUGGACCUGUGGGGACCUCAGAGGCUGAGACCAAACUCCAGGUGUUCUUUGCUCCAGAAAAGCCCAUGGUGUCUGAGAAUAAACAAGCCAUUGCUUUAAACUCAGGACAACAUCAGGUGGGCAAAUGCACUAGCAACAACGGUCACCCUGAGCCUCGUAUCAUCUGGUUUAAAGACUCUAAACCGCUGCCGGAGGUGUUGGAUCCUAAAGAGAAGAUAUACAUGGUCCCGGGUGUGGUGAGAGAGUCUUCAGGUCUGUUCACGGUCUCAAGCAGUCUGUACAUCGAUCCCGAGAAGAAGGAUGCCAAGUCAGUGUUCUACUGCACUGUAGAGUACAGGAUGCCAAACGGGGAGAUCAGAAAGGAGAACUCUGAGCCGUUCAACCUCACGCUGCUCUACCCUGCAGAGAAUGUGUUCUUCACAUUGUUGAACAAGUCACCCAUCAAAGAAGGUGAUGAGGUUCAGAUGAAAUGUGAGACAGACGGAAACCCCCAGCCUCAGUUCGAGUUCGCUAAAGAUGAUACUCCUAAAGAAACAAGUGAGACGGGAUUGUUUGUUCUGAAAAGCAUCACUCGCAGCGACUCUGGUGUCUACAAGUGUGAGGCAAUGGACUUCGAUGCUGAGAAUAUCGAACUGAUCAAAACCCUCACCAUUAAUGUGCACUAUGUGGACCCAGUGUCCAUGGUGCCAAGCAGCCCUUUGGUGGUUAACAAAGGUGAUCGCUUUGAACUUCAAUGCAAGACAAAAGCUUCUGAUGAGUACACCCUGUCAUGGAUGAAGGAUGGUAAGCAGCUGCUCUCUCAGAAGAGUGGCUAUACUGUGGAAUCUGCAACUUUGGACAGUGCUGGUGAAUAUGUGUGUGUUGCAUCAGUCCCCUCGGUGCCGGGCCUGCAGAAGAAAGCUAAUAUCACAGUAACUGUCUCAGGUCAGCCUGAGAUUGAUGUGCCUAUGGAAGGUCACGUUGCAAAGCAAGGGGAUAUGGUCACUCUCAGGUGUGCUGCUCGAGGCCAUCCUGCUCCACAGUUCACCUGGAAACCCUCUGGCAAAGAGUCAUUAGAAUUUCAUGAGAACACAGUCACCAGCACAGUCACCUUGGAAGCCACUGCUACCAUUCUCAAAGACGGGGUGAUUUGCGAGGCAACCAACAUGCAUGGCGCAGACAGCAAGAAGUUCACGGUCGAAAUAAAGUCAGACAACACCAUCGACAGUGGAAACGGUGCACUAGGAAGCCCAGUGUUUGCAACAGCUGAAAGUCAGCAGGGUGGCUCCAAAGGAGUGGUGGUCGCCGUGUUGGUGUGCGUGCUGCUGUUGCUCCUGCUGGUAGCUGUUCUUUUUUUCUUUGGUAAGAGGGGCAAGAUGGCCUGUCGCAAGGACAACAACAAGGAUACUGAGUCUGGGGACACGAAAUCAGGCGAGAAGGCCAACGAGGGGUCAGGGCUGCUUAAAGAAAAAUCUGUAGAGCCGUGAUAUGAGUAAAGAAUGUGGAAGAAGACAAAUCAUCUGAGGAAUUGAAGAGCAACAGAGGGUGCUUGUGUGCUUUUUUAUUUUAUUUUGCACCAACCUGGCACAAAGGGAGGAGAUAUAUUUGAGCUGUAAAUUUUGUUUAGGUGAAGGUUAGAGGAGGGAGGUGGGCUUGGAAACAAGAAGUAGGGUUUGAUAUGGGGGGGUGGUUGAGGGCAGUGGGUUUGAACAAUUUUUUUUUAUGUAAACGUGGUCCUUUUUUGUUGUUGUUUUUUACGAGGAGUGGGGUGAUUCCAAUCACACAAAUAAAAUUAAAUCACUGUCCACAAUCAAGACUCUAGCUGUGGAAAAGAAAGCAUCUGGAAGUCAAUCCAGCACUGGGCAUUCUGCCAAUUCAUUUUUUCAAAAUCAGGAUCUUUUCAUUAAAUCACAGUGCUACCGAAUUGAUCUUUCAGCCUGUGCGCUUCUCUUUUCAAUGUAGUCUAACUUCUACUUCGAAACUGCACUUACUCGCUGUUCUUUCGCAAUUCUUAUCACUGUAUGUGCACUGACGCCAGUUGAUCAUCCUAAAAACUCUGCUCAUAAUCAUACACAAAUUGCCUGACUGUGGAAUUGCAUGCUACUGAAAAUAAUUGCCUUCCCUACAUUGUAUGUAUAGCCAAAUGUUUGCUUCUUUUUUUUUAAUAUCUAUAUGUAACUGUAUUACAUGGUAGUUUUCUUUUCAGCACUGCCGAUGGCUGUAAUGUUUGAGCAAACCGCUAGAGGUGCCAUAGGGCAUUGAGAUCAGUAAGCAAGAAACACAAGGCAUGACACUGAAUGUUCUGAUAUGUAUCCAAAAAAAAUACACGCUUCUUGGAUUUUUUUUAUUUACAUUUUUUUUUGGUAUGUGUGUGAUCUUGGGUUUUGUUGCUUUGUUUUGUGUUUUGUUUCGCCAUCGAAUCAGGCCGUGUUCAGAUGUUUAAGUCAUUGAAAACGCUGUGGAGAGAAAUGACUAGAAUAUUAGACUUGGUUCAGAGAAGAUGUCAUGAUGCAACACCCAGCAUUAUUUCUGUUGGGUUACUACGCAUCAUGAUUGAAAGUGUUGGUAAUUUCUCAUUCUAAAGAGAAAAAAAACCCCCAAACAAAACAAACAUUUUUUCCCAGAUGUAAAACUACGAACCCAAAAGAAAUGUACAGAGCACAGGUACUGUACAUACCCGAAACCACUGAUUCUCAUCACUCUGUGUGCCUUUCUCAGACUUUUUAUAAUAUGUAUUAGGGGACCAUGUCUUUUUAAACGCUCCCAAACUGUAAAGUACAUAAGUAAGGUGUAAGUAAGUAGUGAGUAAGUGUCUCAUCAGUGAAAGUAGAUAUGGAAAUGCUAGGAUUGUGGACGCGCAUCUGAUUUAGUUAUCUUUCUUUUCUUUGUUUUGAAGCCAAAAAACACUGUAAAGCUAUUGAAUUCUUCAUCAUUUGUGUAUUAGAGGCAUCUAGCCCCAAAGCUUGACCCGUGAGACAUGCAACGUCAUGUUCGUGCUUUGUUAUUUGAAUGUAAUUAGGUGAUUAUGUCUUUUACACACAGACACACUCUGGAUCUUUCCCACAGGCUCGAGCAAAGCAGAGGAAUUACAGAUGCUCUAACUGAUAUCACAUGCGAAUUAAUGAUAAUUGAAUCAAGCCUGGUCACGUAAAGUGUGUUUAUACUGUGUGUCAAACUUUUGAAUUUGAAUACGAGUUAACUACUGAAUCGUAUGUAUGUUAUCCUGUGGUUUUGGUAUGUUCGUGCAUUCAUUAGUUACCCACAUAUACUCACAUACUCGAUGCUUUUCUGAAUAUAGGGGUUAUAAGGCCUAUCCUUUCUCUCUCACACACACACACACACACACACACACACUGAUGCCCAUGUGUAUUUCAUGUAUACAAACAAGCUGAAUGUUUUCUAUAUUAUAUUUAAGUUUCAUUUCUUUUUUUUCCUCAGCUCUAGUUUGGUCGCAGUUUGUCAAUGAGAUGUGGUCGAGCAUUAUAGGUUUGUUUUUUCAUUAAAAAAAAUUAAAAAGUUCUUUUUUAAGAAACAAAUGACGUGUUUAAACUACUGAAUUGUUUGCUUUUUAUUUUAUUUCUGUCACGUCCACUGGUCUUGCAGGUCAGCUUUAGAUAUCUAGUCAUGAAUGGUAACACAUUGUGACUGCUUCCUCCUUUCUGAUGUAUAUUUUGUGGUAAUUUUGUGAACUUUGUAGCCUGUUUUCUCCCCUUUUUUUGUGGAGCUCUGUAGAAUUUAUACUGACUAAAAGAAAAAAGAUUUCCACACCUUA